AUGAGUAGUAUUAAUAAUAACAAUAAUAAUAGUAAUAACCUUAGUAAUAGUAUAGGUGGUAUCAGUAGCAUUGGUAGUACUAAUAGUAACAUCGAUGAUAUUAUACUAUCGGUUCAACCUGCUACACCACCAUCUAACAAUACUACUACAAUAAACAACACUACUAUUACUACUUCUACUUCUGCAUCUGCAGACAACAGCAAUGAGAAUAGUAAUGGUAACAAUUCAUUGACUUCUUCACAACAGAAUCUUAUCAAUAAUAAUAGCAAUAACAAUAGUAAUAAUAGUAAUAAUAAUGUUAUUAGCUCUUUAAAACCAAAUUCAAGUCAUCCUAAUUUGAUGAAUCAUCAUAGUCAUAAUCAACAUGGCGGACAUCAGCAUCAUCAUCAUCAUAAUCAUCAUCAACACCAUCAACAUACCAAUAAUCAUCAUACUGUUCACAACUACAAUAGUAUGACAUCACCAUCUUCUUCGAUUCUAUCACGUAGUCAGAGUCAAAAUAAUAUCAAUUUAUCACAGAAUAGAUCGGUUGGUAGUAAUGGAAGCAAUAACAACAACAACAACAAUAGCAGCAGUAAUAACAAUAGUCAUUUGUUCUACAAUGUCCAGACAUCGAUGAACAACAACAACAACAAUACGAAUCAAUCGACUUCAAUGUCGAAUUCAUUUCACAAACACUCUCUAUCAUUGGGUGUCUCUUACAACAUUCACGGAUCUACACCAGGUUUUAUCAGAGACGAUAUCUCUGUAUCCUUUCAAGAUACCUACAAUGACAACCAACGUAUUCAUCUACAUCCAGACAUUGGUUUAACCUCAAGAGAAGCAUCAGAAGAGGGUGAGAAGAUACCGGUGAUGUUGGCAUGCGUCGAACCGCUCUUUAACGGAAUCGUGUUGCGUCGUGGCGACACCUACUCGUCGGAGCUGCUGACAACCAGACUGCUGGAGGUGAAUCCGGAUUUCGGUGAGAAGGAGAAGCAGCAUGCCAAGGAGAUGGCAGAGACACUGUUUACUUCGGGACGUUGUUGUUUUGUCGUGCACGAGACACCGUCGUUUCCACAGCUAACUGCUGCGACACUACCGUCGACGCGUCCAAUCAAUCCGGUUAUCAACGCAAUCAACUAUAUUCAUUUGGUGAUGGAGCGAUUCCUCUGGAUCACCAUAUCGAUUUCUUUGGUAUCGAAUAUCAUUCGAUCGAUCCUACAGAAACAGCGGUCGCUGGUCGAUCUUCUCAUUAUCCGUCAAGUGGACUUGGCCAUUGCAUUCAGCUUGAUUAUGUUGCCAAGUGUAUUGUUGAUUCUCGUUUAUUCCAUUGGACAUGCCAAGUUGUUGGCGCUGUUCGACGUGCUACAAGAGCGUUCGUUGAAGGGUGAGAUUGCAGACGACCAUCCAGCGCUCAACUUUGAUACAGAGUACGACGAGGACAGACUUCCCAAGGUGCCUUUCGACUUGGUAGUCACCUACUGGCGCGCCAUUAUGAGUACAAAACAUGUUGCUUUUUCACAUUCUUCGAACUUACUUCACCACAUUGCUAGCACAACAACUAUAUGUUGUCUCGACAAAGAUGGUAUCGUAUCAGAACCCGUCAAUACCGUUGGAGAAAUAUCGUUCUUGAAACAAGAUGGUCCGGUUCGUUUGGAGUUGUCAUCGGAGUACUCUCACACUCAGUAUUCUAUUACUUUUAAUGACCACGAUUGGCAAGAGCAUAUCAAUGCACUCAAACCUCUGGGAUUGGAUUGUCUCUUGAACAAGACGUGUCGUUUGUACACAGCCACCACCGAUACUUCUCGACCCAACUCAACGACCACCAGUAAUCUUAGCGACCACGUAUCGAAACUUCACUUGAUUAGAGAUCGAGAGGACAGCUCCGAUACUACCAACUCCCAGUGUCUGUGCUUGCUCGCCAAGGAGAUUGGAUUCUCCGACGAAGUGGCCAACCAAUUCGCCAGUGUAAAAGAAAUCCACACGCUAACACAACGCUCCAACAACAAAGAGCAGCCCGACGACGAUGACAAUGAGUCGCCAUCGAUGAUCUCUCUCGUUGCCAAGGAUAUUGGAUCGGAGACAUUGCAAUUGCUCUCCAAGGGAAGCACUGAGUUGGUUCUCGAUCAUUGCACUCACUACUGGGAUGGCGAGAACAUUGUUGUGUUUGACGAUGAGGAGAAGGAGAAGGUGCGUGCCGUCUACACAAAGUGGCUGGCCAACGACGGAAUGAAGGGUAUCUCUUUUGCAUACAAGCCAAUCGAGCAAAAGUUCAAAAAGCUAUUCGACGGUGGCAGUGUCAACAGUCCGUUGGUCGAUGUCAGAUUCUCAAACAGUACCAUUGUAAGAAGAAAGAAAGACAAUCUUCGAAUGCAACUCACCAAGAAGGCAGAGUAUGAAAACACCCAGCCAAAGACAGCCAACAUCUUUAUUAGCUCACCAAUUCCUUUUGCCCAACCAAAGACACCGAUCACCAGAAUCGAAGAUAUUCAACUAACACUCUCUGGCAAUCAUCCAUUUCCAUUCCAGGGUGGUGUUUCAACAUCCUCAUCAGUAGAUGAUUCAUCACCAACCAAAAAAGAUAACAAAGAUAAUAGCAAUAAUAAUAAUAAUAAUAGUGAACCAGUUGUUAUUUUAGUAGAAUCACCUAUUCCAAGUGGAAAACAGUCACCUGCUCCAGUAAAGUCCAAGAAGACCAAGUUCUUGAAGCCAUACAAAUCGAAAAAAUCCAAGAAAAAGGCAAAACAAUUGGAGAAAGAGAAUAAGAUGAGAGAACAACAAUUACAACAAGAUAAGAUUUCAGGUUCUCCAGAGAGUGAGCUGUCGAUGUCUGCAACUAUCACCAAACAGAUUAUUCUUCCACCAAUAGAGUUGGACUAUGAAGCUACAGAUGACACUCAUUCACAGCCAACCAACGACAUCACCAACAUCAAAGUAAUAAUGAGUGAAGAGGAAGAAGAAGAAUUAGAAGAAGAGGAAAUGAAUGAAGAUGAUACUGUUGUAAUGGUUAUUGAUAAAGGUGAUAAUAGCAAUAAUAAUAAGGAACAAUCGGAUGAAGAAGAAGCACCAUCUGAAUAUGCUAAUAACGAUAGUGAAACAGAUAGUGAUAAUCCAUAUAUACAACAACAACCGUCACAGACAGAUAAACAACAAAGUUUGAAACAAAAGAAAUUGAAACGACUAUCAAGAGAAGAUACAAACUCUUAUAGUGUUUCAGAGACUUCUGAAUCUGACUCGAUGAACGAUAAGAGAAUUAGAAAUAAUAGAUUGAAAAAGAAACAACAACAACAACAACAACAACAGCUACAACAACAACAAAUGAUACAACAACAACAGUUACAGAGAAAACAACAGCAACAACAACAACAACAACUAUCCAAAGCCAAGAGUAAUGAAGAUAGUGAAACAUUGAUUCAAUCUGGACUUUCAGAUGAUGGAACAGCAAUUCUGACAACAAAAGAUCUUGCCAAUGAUCAUAGCUUUACCAAUACAGUUGCUGAGAAUGAAACACUCGAACAACUACAGAAUGGACAGAUCUAUAUUGGUAUGGCAGGAAUGAAACAAUUACCGAAAUCACAUGCCAAUCAUUUCGUAGAGGUUCUUCGUAUUGCCGGUAUCAGAUUUGUAUUUUUCUCAAAUCAAGACAGCAGAGAAAGUAAUUCAUUUGUCAACAAACUGGGUUUGGAAACCGAUUGGAAUUGCUGUGUAUCGCUCAAGGAUCCUGCUCCCGAUGAAGUUCAAGUGGCCGACGGUCCCUCUCGUUUGCCAAAAGGUAUCAAUGCCAUUAGAAGACAUCUCGAAGAGGUAGACAACGUUCCAUUGCUCGUUCCAAUGUUUUCCAACUCCACCCCCGAGACAAAGCUGGAGAUGAUAAAGAUCCUUCAGGAGAAUGGCGAAGUAGUCUGCUGCAUAGGCAGUGCACUCAACUACGAGAAUACACCUAUCUUUUGUCAAGCGGAUUUGGCAUUCUCUUUGGAGCCUGCCGUAUCUCGUUGUCUUAAUCUCCCACUGAACAAAGCGGAUCCUCGUCCACUCCUGACAUCUCGUAACUUUUUCGAAACAGAGUCGGUAAUGGCACCACUUCCCCUGCGUAAAAACACAACUACCAGAGUGCCAUCGGAACAUCCAUCUACUCACUCACUUUGUUGUGACAUUACAUCGUUGCCAUGCUCGCUGGUAUUCCACAGACGUACCGACUUUAAUGAGAUACUCGAGUUUUUCCAUGUCGGAAGACAGCUACUCACCAACACACGUCAGUCACUCCAGUUUAUUCUCAGUGCUUCAAUGACUCUGGUACUGAUGUGUUUAGUAGCCGGUGUCCUAGUUGUUUCGUAUCCAGUCGAUGGCGUCGUCGGUGGAAUUCCUCUUACUGGACUACAAUUGAUUUGGUUACAGUUCCUUAUUAUCCCACUUGUCGGUCUGUCCUUACUUUUCACCACUGAAGACGAAGAUGUUAUGCGAACGCUCAGUCCAAAGAACAACAGUGAAUUCAAACACAUUCCUAUUUUUGCUCGAUAUAUUGGUAUCCGUUUGGUUCCAUCGCUCAUUCUCAUGGUAUCAAUAUUUAUAUGGUGUUUACAAUCGCUUUCCGGUGCUUCUUGGUCAAAUAUAUUCGGUGCAAACAUGUCAGAAUGGGAACCAAGUAGCGAAAAACUGUCUUAUUCCGAUGCAUUAAUUAUCUCUCAGAAUAUAAUGAUGUUUGCUUUUGUUUUUUAUUUAGGUGUAACAAGUUUAAGUUUUAUUCAUCAUACUCGUAGUGUAUUAAAAUUCAAUCCAUUCAGAAAGAAUUACAAGGCAGUGAUAACCGUUAUCUUUUGUAUUAUUCUACAAAUAUGCUUCACGUUGGUUACUCUAAAGAUCAUUGGUGGUGUUCACCUACUUAGUGAAAUACCAAAGGAAAUCUAUGCAGUACUCUUUGGAUGGGCACCUUUUGUAAUACUUCUCGAUGAAAUUGUUAAACAUCUCUAUAAGAAAUGGUUUGCAGAUCUCCAAUUGGAACUUCGUUUGGAGUUCGAUACAAAACUUGGAAUGCAUUCUCCAAUAUAA